UUGGCAACCAAGAAACCACAUAAUAAAGAACAACAAGCUGUUUGGAGGCUUGAAUGUGCAUUAGGAGUCAUAGCAGAAGCGGAAUGUCCAGUUGACGGAGGUUGGUCUCCAUGGUCGCCUUGGUCUAAUUGCCACGGAACAUGUGAUAGUGUAGGCCAUUGCAAAAGAACCAGAGAAUGUAAUAAUCCACCAACCUCCAAAGAAGGUACGCCAUGCAAUGGUUCAGAUGAAGAAAUUGAUACUUGUUAUAUAAAGAACUGCUCAGUUAAUGAUUUUCGUGAAUGCAUUAAAGGUGAUUUGAUAAGAACAGAAGCCAUGCACCAAUUAGAAGCGGUUCCGGCAUUGAUGAAGCAAUGUCUAGAAAAAGAAUGCUCAUUUGAAUCAGUAAAAAAAGCAUUAACUAAAGAUAAUGCAUGGCAAUUAAAUGCUGAAACGAUAUGGAAUUCACUUCAAUGUGUGAAACACAAUAUAGGCUGCCCUGUAAUCGGAGAGUGGGGAACGUGGGGUUCAUGGUCAAACUGUGGGGCGCUGUGUGGUAAAGGUUUCCACUGGAGACUCAGGAGGUGCGACACCCCUCCACCAUCUGAUGCACGUUUGGUUUGCAUAGGAAAUCCAUUGCAAUCCGAAGAGUGUGAAGGAGAUCAAUGCGCUAUGGAUGGUAAAUAUUCAGAUCAGAAUGCUAGCGGGAUUUGGAGUAACUGGGAGAAAUGGUCUGCUUGCUCAGAAAAUUGUGGUAUAGGCGUUAGACGUAGAAGGAGAUCUUGUGUGGAGAACCAAAUGACGCGUAUUUCUGCAACAUGGGGCACACAUUGUAGAGGCCAACAUGAUCAGCUGGAAGUUUGUGAAAAUGAACAAUGUUUGUUGAACGGCGGCUGGUCAGGAUGGAGCACAUGGGGAAGUUGUUCUCAGAGUUGUGGUGGCGGUAAGCGAUUUAGGACUCGUUCUUGUACCAGACCUAUACCAUCUGGAGGUUCUAAUUGUGUGGGACCUAAAAGUGAACAAGGCUCUUGUCAUUUAACACCAUGCGAAGUACACUCACAUGUAGUUGCUUUAUUUAAUGGUGACUCAUUUUUGCAAUAUGAUUUUCCGCAGAAACGAUCAACGCUUUUUCAUUCUUUCAUACGGUUUAUGCCCUUAUCCCCUCAUGGUUCACUAAUUCGUCGCGGUGAUAUAACUUACCCAAUUAUUAGGUUGAGUCUGCAGAAAUGGUAUCUUUGUUUAGAUGCACGAGGGUCCUCACAGUCUUGCAACAUGCUACGGAUUUGUUCAACUUAUCCGAUUGAACCAGCUACUUGGCUUUCUGUAAUGAUCACUGUUAAUAAAGACGGCGCUUCACUCAGAAUAAACGACGCACUUACACCAAUACGAGGAGCUUUCCCGUGUGAUCCAGAAUUAACCGAUGACGCACUGUUUGUCACGGUCGGUGAAAAAUUUCACGGUGUAGUACAAGAACUUGUUGUCAACUUUAUUCCUUUAGACAUGACAAUAAAUAAUCGUAACCGCAUGAUACGAUCAAAUUACGUUCCCAGCUCUGCUUCAAAUAUAGCUUAUGAAAAUGCUAAUUUUGAAGAAGCCUACCUAAAUCUUGAUAAUGACUAUUAUUUACGCUUGCCUUGUUUUGAUAAUCAAAAUGAAUGGACUUUAAGCUUGACAAUAAGACCAAAAAGACAAGUCGGAAUUAUACUAUUUCUUCCAGGCGUCCAACACGAUCACUGGCUCUGCUUAGCGUUACUAAAUAUGCGAUUAAAGGUAAAGCUAUCAUUAGGUGACUUUCGAUCCGAAAGCACGAGUUCUACGGAGUGUCAUCCCGGGCAAUGGUUGGAUAUAGUGUUGUCUAAAAAGGGCGAAAGUGAAACAAUUGAGGCGACUAUAAAUGGAGGAGAACGACUUCAUGUUUUGUUAAUGGAUAGAAACUCCAGAAAUCGACGUGAAUUAAACAGAUUAUUUCCGCUACAGAAAUACUUAUUACAGAGUGCGUUACAGCCAGAAAGCAGUAAUACAAGCAGUGUUGUAAAUUACACUAAUUGUGUUUUAUGUUAUGAUGAGUUUUAUAUUGGAAGUGUACCAUAUGAAUUUAAAAAUAAAAUGCCGGAAGAUUUUGGUUCAUUUUUUGGAGUUAUAGCGGCGUUAAGUGUCAACGGCAAGUUAUUGGAUGUACACAGCUUUGGAAUUGAGCGCAACAAGGAUAACAUAAUGAUAUUAUCGUCUCGAACAGCGAGUAUUUCUGGUUUCUAUCAUGAGACUGUUUGGAGUGCAAGUAGUAGUUUCAAUUUAACUUGUCUUCACGCCAGAACCAAAAGAACUCCGAAUAAGGCCUGGUGGUUUUUUCUAGAUACCGCCGUGAAUAGUGAUUUAAAAGGUAAAUCUGUCAAAACCCUUGGCGAUGGCAGAGUUCUUAGACUUAUUACAACAGCUGAAAAUAAUCAUCGAGGUUUUUAUACUUGUCGUGCGCAUACAAAUAAACUGACACGCAAUGUAGUGACAUAUGGAGUAAUUGGAGAGCUUCAAUAUAAACUACCAGAGCCAGACAUAACUACUGUUGUUGCUGUUUUCACAACUAUUGCCUUAGUGAUUGCAACUUUAACAUGGCUGAUUAUAGAAGGAAUAAAUGAUUUACGCAAUGGCUACGGUUUUUUUCGAGAUGCUCAUCUCUCGCCACAAGAAGAAGCGGAAGCAGUUUGCAAAUAUAUAGAUCAGAAUAUUAAUUUAUUUGAAUCGACCGAAGCCGCUGACAUUGCCAAAGCUAGAGCAAGACGAAAGGGCAGGUAUCUUGCAAGUAAGUCCAGCUUUGCCGCGCAAGAGCCUGAAGGAAUAAUAGCAUUUCAAAAGAAUCUGUCAAAUCUGAACAACUCUACGUCAAGUGAGCCAGAAGGACUGCCAGCGCUACCCGAAGUGAAAAGUAUAUUAACCGACACAGGUCAUGAUGUAUACAGAUGUGAACCGUCGUAUGUCAGUUCACCGCGACAUGGUUCUAAUAUUUCCUCCCCCAUACGAAAUCUGUCAUCUUCUUCCUCUUUCGAAAGCUCUCCUAGAAAGAUUUGUUCUCGUCUAUUAAUUACUAGAAAUCAAAACACAUCAAAAGAAAAUUCUAUUUCAAAAAGAAAACGGCAUGCAAGUGCUAGCAUCAAAGAGAAAAAAGUUCUGCAGUUUCCAUCAUCAGCGUGUAACAACUCUUCUCCGGCUCACAAAAUCUUGCAAAAAUUUCGUAUGUUGGAUCAUAAUCAUAAUUAA